AUGUCUAAGGUAGAUUCCAACUUUGCACUGAAAGUCCAAGACAUGUUUUCAACUAAAUAUUUGUUCAAAGAGUACGUACAAGUCAUUGCUCUUAGAGACAAUCUUCAAUACGUUACUAUGAAAUCAAACAAGAAAGUUAUGAUUUUACAAUGCACCAUUGAAAAUUGCAAAUGGUCCUUGCGUGCUUCUUGUUUUAUUCAUGGGGAUAGGACAUUAUGCGUUCUUACUAGGUUUAAUUCUGAACAUACAUGUUCAGUAGAUGUUCCAUUAACAGAUCAUAGACAGACCACCUUUACUGUUAUCAAUGACCUAAUUAAGAACAAAAUAUCUUUAGCUGGUUUUGAAUUGUCAACUCCCACAGAUAUAGUUCAUUAUAUUCGUGUUCAACAUGGUUUAAGUACAUCUUACCAAAAAGCAUGGCGUGCUUGUGAGGCUGCGUUGGAUGAUACUCGUGGAUCUUCGGAGGACUCUUACAAGAUGCUACCCCAAUUUGCAUAUAUAUUGGAACUAAAAAACCUAGGUUCUAUUGUUGAAUACAAAGUUGAUACCGAUGGUAGAUUUCUUUACUUCUUUAUAGCAUUAUUUGCUUUCAUUUCUGGUUGGCAACAUUGUCAUCCAGUCAUUUCUAUUGAUGGAACAAGUUUGAAGAAUAAGUACGGUGGUACUCUGUUAUGUGCUUCAACACCUGAUGCCAAUCAUCAUAUUUUUCCACUAGCCUUUUGUGUUUUGGAUUCUGAGAAUGAUUGCUCAUGGACCAGGUUUUGCAACCAAUUGAAGAGAAUUAUUGGUGGUCGAAAUGAGGUUGUCAUAGUAUCUGAUAGACAUAAAAGUAUAUGCAAAGCCAUAAAGGCUAAGGAGUUACUAAUAUGUUCAAUGCUUGAGGUUUUGCGAAUGAUGUUGCAAAGAUGGUUUUUUGAACGAAGAAAUGAAGUUGAUUAUCAAGUGACUGAUUUUACCAAAACAAUUGAAGGCAUAUUAAAGGAACAUAUUGAACAUAGUCGAUUAAUGAAGGUUAAUCCGGUUAAUAACAUGAAAUACAAGGUUAUAGAUGGAACUUCCUAA